AUGCCCUUGACCGAUGAAGAAUCUCAGAACAAUAAUCACAUCAGAAGGACCAAGACCUCGUACCAGGCAGCAGCAUUUGGUACUUCAGCAUUGAACCUGCAGCGUGAGCAUCUCGGUUAUACCCCGUUCGAAUAUUGGAAAGGUCCCAAACCGGUAAUACCAGGGUCGUCACAGCGGACGACAGGCCCGAUUGCCAGCCAUAGAACCACCACAAUUGCGGUUAGGGAGCUCAAUACUAGCAGCGGCCCAGGGGCACAGGCUGCACAGCAACAACAGCAGCACUUGUCAGGUACUACGGCUGCAGCUACUACAGUGGCAUUAGUGGCGCAUCUAGAAGGCAACGAAGAAAAGACGACAGGGUGGUGGGACUCUGAGAAAACCCAGAACAACGAGAAGCUUGACUGGGCUAGAGCAGGAUCGACGAUAACACUGGGUCCAGGUGCUCCAGCGACAACAGCGAAAAAUAUGGGCUGGACUGACGCAUAUAACAAUGGGGGUAACAACCACUUCCGGUCGGCUGGCCCGACCAGCUUUCAUGUCCACGAUCGCCAAGGUUCUGUUGAAUUACUUACACAACGACCUCCCUCAUACGCCAGUGCAAAGCUGCCACCGAGACCAACUGCAGACAUGAAGCGAGACGCUGCCUCGAGAUGGGACCCUCGUGGUUGGCGCAAGAGGACAUGGGCCGGCGUUGCACUAGUCUUGAUCGUCGCCAUUAUUGUCGGAGUCGUUACCGGAGUAUUGGUCGCCAAGGCCAAUCGGUAUCCCGACUAUAGCAAGCUGACUUACGCAUUGGAGGAUUCCUAUUCUGGAACUGAUUUCUUUGACAACUUUGAUUACUUUGAAGGAUAUGACCCAACGUCGGGUUUCGUGCAUUAUGUCCCUCAAGCGCGGGCCGAGUCACUUAACCUCACAUAUGCCUCCUCAAGCACGGCCGUUCUGAGGGUCGACACUUCAGUCGGCAACACAUCAAGUCCCGACGCCUCAACGGGCCGCUUCUCGGUGCGCGUCACGUCCAAGACGCAGUACGACAGCGGCCUCUUCAUCUUUGACGUGAAGCACACGCCCUACGGAUGCGGCACCUGGCCGGCGCUCUGGCUCAGCGACCCCAGCAACUGGCCGACCAAUGGCGAAAUCGACGUCAUGGAGGCCGUCAACAAGGCCACCGACGGCAACCAAAUGACGCUGCACACCGACGACGGCUGCGACAUGAAGGUCAAGCGCAAGAUGACGGGCACGGUCCAGUACAAGACGUGCAGCAACAACACCAACGAUAAUGCCGGCUGCGGCGUCCUGGGCGACGCCGACUCGAGCUACGGCUCCGGCUUCAACUCGGGCGGCGGCGGCGUCAUGGCCGUCGAGUGGCGCGAUGCCGGUAUUCGCAUGUGGCAGUUUGCCCGUGACAGCAUCCCCGACGACAUCACGGCCGGCGACAGCCCCGACCCGAGCUCGUGGGGUACCGCCUCUGCCGAUUUCCCCAAUACUGAUUGCUCCAUCUCGAGCCAUUUCAAAAACCAGAGCAUCAUUGCUAAUAUCGAUCUGUGCGGUGAUUGGGCAGGCAACGUCUAUGCCGACAGUGGCUGUCCCAGCAGUUGCGAAGACUAUGUCGCCAACUAUCCAUCGGCCUUUAAGAAUGCCUACUGGGAAUUCGGGAGUUUCUCAGUCUACAAGGCGUCGUGA